GCUGCAGCGAAUAUGGCGGCUUGCAUCUGAUAGAAAGUGAGGAAUCUCUCAUCAAAACACCCUGCUGCAAACGUUUAGGUCACUGUGUUUGCGACUUCAUCUGCAGCAGAGUGGUCAUCAUGGGCCGGACACCACAAAAAGAUCAAAAAGAGGAGAAGAAGGAGAGACGCAGCAGCAUCACAGCAGGCUCUGCCCUCGACAAGUCGAAUGAGCCGUUCAGCUGGGAAGACUACCUGAGAGAAACCUCCUCCGUUGCAGCAUCGCCUACUUGCUUCAAACAGUCCAGAGUCCCCCCCUCCAAUGACUUUAAAGCAGGAAUGAAACUUGAAGCACGGGACCCUCGUAACUCUAAUUCAGUGUGUAUCGCCACGGUGAUGGGCAUGAUGGGUACUCGCCUUCGCCUGCGUCUGGAUGGUAGUGACAACACUAAUGACUUCUGGAGGCUUGUUGACUCAUCAGACAUCCAACCAAUAGGAACCUGUGAAAGGAACGGAGACAUGCUGCAGCCGCCUCUGGGUUUCAGGAUGAAUGCAUCCUCAUGGCCGAUGUUCCUCUUGCGAACUCUCAGCGGUGCAGAGAUGGCUCCUGCCUCAGCUUUUAAGAAGGAACCAGCAAGUCCUCCUAAAAACUACUUCCAGCCUGGCAUGAAGCUGGAGGCUGUGGACAGGAAGAACCCCUACCUGAUUUGUCCUGCCACAGUGGGGGAAGUCAGAGGUCAGGAGAUUUUUGUCAUGUUUGACGGGUGGCGUGGCGCCUUUGAUUACUGGUGCCCGUUUGACUCCAGAGACAUCUUUCCGGUCGGUUGGUGUACCUUGACGAAACACAGCUUGCAGCCACCCGGAAACUUCUUUACCCUCCCUAGUGCACUUCUUGCUCCAGUUUCUUCCACCUCAGCAACACACCGCUCCUCUUUCAACUCCUCCUCCUCCUCCAUGCAGACCUCAUACCGACUCCCCAACCCCUUGCCACCCCUCCCCGUUCGAAAGGGUGUCCGAGGUCGUCGUCCCAAAUCCCAGACUAUUGCUUUGCUGAAGGCAGCAGCUGAAGCUGCGGCAGCAGCAGCAGUAAAUGGAGGAUCACAGAGCCCAGCCAGAACUAGCUCUGAGACUCAACUGGCCCCCAGACCACACAAGAAGAGAGGGCCCAAGCCUAAGGGCAAGAAGAAGCCUCAGGUGGGGCAAUCCUUGGGGGCAUCACCAGUUGCAACUCCACCUCCAGAGACCAGAUUGAGUGCCAGCCAUGUCUCAGUGGACAGCAACUUCAGCAACAGCUCAAAUGUAGUUUGCACAGUGUGUGUCUAUGUUAACAAGCAUGGGGACUAUGGCCCUCAUCUUGACCGAAAACUAGUGCAGCAGCUGCCAGACCACUUUGGUCCAGCACCAGUCAACGCAGUCCUUCAGCAGGCGGUUCAGGCCUGUGUGGACUGUACAUAUCUGCCCUCUGUGCUGCUGUCGUUUCUUCAGAGCCAGUCCCAUACAGGAGGAGAGGUCAUCAGAGUUCGGUCUGAGCAUGGUAUCCGCUAUGUGAAGCUGCCGUCCGUUUCCAGUGCGUCCUCUGUGCUGCGGUUUUUGGAGAACAUGUGCCAACAUCUGGAGAGUGACAGUCUGUUCAGCUCACAGCCAUUCAGCCCCUACAGCAACAACACUCGUUUCUACAGCAGAACAAAGUCAGAACCAUCGUCCAUCACUGAGAACGGCCUGUCUAAUGAUGACUCCACGAAGGAUCGAAGUCACAGCACCCGUCCCCUUCAAAACACAUUGGACUACAGAGCAGCAAAGAGGGAGCGUCCAUAUUUCCCUGGAAACACACAAACGGCCCCACCCCUUCGAUGUGUCAGCUCCAACCCAACUGACUCAAUAGGUACACACAGACGAGUGGAAGCAGCUAGCUCAACAACAGGUCCAGACCAUAUGAAGCAGGACAAAGACGGUUCAGGGAACAAUGCUUCUUCCUGGUCAGUUGAAGAUGUCAUACGGUUUGUCCAGGAGGCUGAUCCACAAACUCUCGGCCCACAUGUUGACCUGUUCAGGAAACAUGAGAUUGAUGGCAAGGCACUGAUGCUGCUGCGGAGUGACGUCAUCAUGAAGUACAUGGGACUGAAGUUGGGCCCAGCACUCAAACUGUGUCAUCAUAUUGAGAAACUGAAGCAGACCAAACAGUAGAGGAUGACAGCAUUCUUCUCACUGGCAACCAAACACACAAUCCGGGGCGCACUGCAGCAUAGAUCCACCAUGGACUGAGGUCAUGUUCCUGGUAUUGUUUAUGAAUAUUGGCCUUUAGGAACAUGGCAGUAGAUUUAAUAAUUUAAUCCUAUAAAUGUCCAAUCAAUUUUCAGACUUAUAUUUAUCGCAAUAUAGAGAAGAUUUUAAAUCAGAAUUUUAACUUUCAGGUUUAGAGAAUUCAUAGAAAGUACAAGUACACAAUAAAAUGAUAAAACUGAUGUAUCAAAAGUCAAUUUACUUUAACAAAAGAAUAUUUCCUUUGUCACUUCACUGUCUUUGAAAUGCUAGCAACUGCCAUUAACAGAGUUUUCUGUUUUUUAAUUUAUGGACCACAGUGUAAAACUGAAUAAGCAUACAGCUAUCCGUAUCGUAAAUCUGAACAUGGACUGAAUUUUAUUCAUGUAUAUCUCUUUUUGCCCUAAUAUAAAUUACUGGAUGCCACAAUUUACAAGUCUUGGUCAAUUUAACUCUACACACGUACACAGACAAACAUGUUAUUUAUUUUUUUCUUUCCUUUUUAAACUGUCUUAAAUGUAACUUUAAACAUUAUAAACAAACACUUGUUUCCUUGGUCCAAAUUUCGUGGAGGGACAUGCUGCGAUAAAGGCUGACAAAGCUGGUUUAGGUACGAGCAGUGAAUGUCUUGCUGCAUUAUUUCAGUCAGUGCAAAAGAAAGAGAAAAAGAGUCUGAAUGACUGCAUCUGUUACAGAUAGCUACAUUAGUUGCAUGCCAGUGAAUGGAUGAGCACGACUGCUAACAGGUACUGAACAGCAGGAGUGGCCGUUUAUGUGAGUUAGAAGUGUUAAAUGGGAUUUAUGCCAAAACUGAUAAAGUUGUUUGCUGAAGUCAAUCGUGGCAGAAAAAAAUUCUUGUCCUCAGACACUUACGUUUUUAUUAACAGAGAUUAUAUAUUAAUGUUAGCAGAUUGGGCACCGAUUGAUUUGAGUGGUGGCAAUCUCAUUUUAUUAACAAAACAAACAAAAAAAAACAAACAAACAAAAAAAAAACCUUUCCCCAGAUGUAAAUCGGAAGUGCAGCCUGUAGAAGUAGGGGAACUGUUACUGAAGAAUUAUGUCUCUUUUUUGUGUUUUUCUGCAUGCUGGAGGCCAGUGGCAGCUUGAGCACUAGUGGGGCUGUAUUGUGCUUUGACAGUCACACAAUCAAACACACUUUAGAGCUACACUCACAACUGGAGAGGUGUUUUUUCAAUAAAAUGAGUGACAUCAUUGAUCGUCAAGUCUUAUUGCUGUACAGACAGAAUAUGAUGGAAAACAGUUUUUGUACAAAGUUAAACAAAGUUAUUCUUUAAGAUAUCAUUUUGUACUGUAACAAAGUGUAUCAAGCAUAAAUGUAAUCAUUUUUUUCUGCCUGAAAUAGUUUUUGUGUGUGCCAUCAAAUAACUACCUGCAGGAUGAUAGUGUGUCUGAGUAAUUAUUCACGUUUCAAGUGUUCAUCUGUUUUUGAUUGCAGAAAUACUCAGUUUUCUGAACAUUUCAGAAUAAUUUUUUAAACCAAAUCAUGUUGUAUCAUGUCUAUUGUAGCUGCAUUUCACACUGUUGCUCUCCUGUAGUGGUAACAAGUUGAUACUUGAAACCGUCUUGCUUUAAUGUGAAUCUCAGGAUUUUAGUAAAGGUUGUUUCUUCUUAGAAAAUGUUUCACAUCAUUAACAUUUCAUGCUCAUUACUACAGCAUAUAGCGACUGCACAAUAACCAAUUAUGUAUAUUUUUAAUGCUUUGUCAUGUAUUGCUCUCUAGUGUAUUGAUACAACUUUUUACUGAGCUCAGUAAGAAAUGUUUCUUAAAAACUGUAUGUUUGCAAUGCAUUCACACAAUUAAACAUUUGUUUACGUCA